AUGAACUCCUUCGCUAUUCUUUUGGCUUUUGCUAUGCUCUUCUCUGUCGCUCUCGCUGGACCAGGAAACCGUUAUGGAUGGCCAAGCUCGUAUGAGAGAUUCCUCGAGAGACAAGGAGUUUGGGACUUCAAUAAGCACGAGCCACGCGCUGACUACAGACGUCGUGGAAACUACGAGAGAGAUCUCCGUGACCUGUUCGAUGACUGGAAGAGACAAACCCAGUGGGGAGGAAAGGGAUACAGAUCUAACAGAUUCCAAACUCCAAAGGGAGGAUUCAGCCGUUACGGAUUCCCAGGAAAGUAA